AUGAUACACAUAGAAUUUUCAACUCUGCUGUUGUGUACGGCUCACACCUACCUGUAUGGCUGGAACAAGUUCCUGAGUUCCUCCACCUACAAGUGGUGCACCCUAACAGGCUACAUGCUGUGUCUGGUGCUUCCCUCUGUGGUGCUGCUGCUCAAGCUGCUGCUCAUGGACCGAACCAUCAUACGCCAGGGAUGGGAGGGGGGGGGGGUGUAUAUCUGCGGGGAAAGUGUGGAGGCCAAACAGGCAGUGAUGGCGGUAGCCACCAAGCUGGGUUUCAGUGCCCUGGACCGGGGCUUUCUCUCAGUGGCCCGGGAGCUGGAGGACUUCCCCCUGCAGCUGUUCCCCCAGUGGAGGCUCCCCCUGUACAUCGCCACUGGCCUCAGUGCUGCCUUCUUCUUCUACCUGCUGAUCAGAGACAUCAUCUAUGCAUACGUCACCCAGGGCAAAGACAUCUCCUUCAGAAUCAUGGUCUCACUGGCUAACAAGAUCAGAGAGAACAGGACCACUGAGUUUGAUACAACGACGGCCUGGCGUGGCGACUCCUACUUAUCCCUGGGAAUUCUGGGAUUUAGCCUGUACGUCCUAUUGGGAAUCACAUCUAUUCCCUCCGUCAGUAACGUUCUCAGCUGGAGGGAGUUCAGCUUCAUACAGUCCAAGCUGGGUCACCUGACUCUGCUGUUAUGUACGGCUCACACCUACCUGUAUGGCUGGAACAAGUUUCUGAGUUCCUCCACCUACAAGUGGUACACCCCACCGGGCUACAUGCUGUGUCUGGUGCUUCCCUCUGUGGUGCUGCUGCUCAAGCUGCUGCUCAUCACCCCCUGUGUGGACCGAACCAUCACCCGCAUACGCCAGGGAUGGGAGAGGGGGGCAGAUCAGAGGAACCCUAAAGACAGCCAACCACUGAUACCUUAGACGACACACACACACACACGCACACGCACGCACACGCACAAUAACACCCUCAGUGUGAUGACAGCUUUGUCUUCAAGGCAUGAACUCUUGUUUCUUUGCUAUUAUACCCUCUGAGGUUGUUUACCAUUCCAUCAUCGUUUGCAAUGUUUCUGGGAUUUAAAAAAAACAGCAAUAACAUUCAAUUGAUAUGCAGUCAUAUUUAUUUUUGUAUUACACUGUAAACAUUGUUGCAUUUUAAUGCAUAUAUUUUUAACCAUACGUAAACCAGACACUAGCUUUCACUGGUGAAAGCUCUCUCUCG